AUGACAUUCAAUGUUCAAUUCUAUAAAACUAGUAAAACACCUACAAAAAUUGCUAAAUUUCUCCUUAAUCACCAACCUGACGUAGUUUGUCUUCAAGAAAAUAUUCAAUAUCAUAAUUGGACAAAAGCAAAAUUCGCACCACUAAAUUUAAGUUCAUAUUAUAUUCUUGGAGCUGAAUGUGAGGCUGACAAACACCAUCAUUCUCAUUUGUCAAAUAUGGUCUAUGUUCAUCGAAAACACUUGAAACAUGUUCAAACAUUGUAUUCUGUUAAUCUUAUAAUACUCAACGAAACGCAGCGAUGUGCCGGUAGUAUUCAAUUGUACGAUACUAAAAUUUCCAAUGUACAUCUAUGUGGUGGACGAUACGAUGAUCAAAUCUAUGACCGCUUGCAAGAACACAAACAUUUACAGUUAGAACGCCUUAUAAAGACACAUAAUCCAGAUAUAAUCAUGGGUGAUUUUAAUAGUGAGGAUUCGGAUGAAGCAGCCAUGAAACAAUUAGAUCAAUAUCCUUUCUAUAAAACAUUGAACAAAACCAAUAAGGAAUUGUUUGUUCAUUAUUAUAUGAGUGGUGCACGCUAUUUGCGUGAUCAGACAACAUAUGUUCCUGCCUAUAAUGAAUCAUCUAUUGGUGUGACGAGCGCAUUUGGAGGCACACCUGAUUGGAUUUAUGUAAAAGAUCGAACACGUCUAACAGGCAAAAUAUACAAGUAUGAUGCAACAACUACAAAUUUAUCUGAUCAUAAUGCAGUAAUCGUAGAAUAUUUGUUUUCAUACUUGUCAACAACCUAA